UGAAUUACUUUAAUGUGAACUUCGGCUCCAAAUCAAGUAUGGUCCAUGGACCAUGGAAUCAUGUUUGAAGAUUUAUUAGUGAUGGUAAUUCAAUAUUCCCUUCAAGAAUAUCAAUCAUCACAUUUUCACUUUUAAAGAUACUCCAGCAUUUUAUGUAACUAUGAUUGGACAAAAGAGAGUUUAUUGCUUAUAAAUAAGGUGUUUGUCCAUCAAACAUGGUCUUGCAAAACGAUUAGGUUUCACUGUGUUUGUGAACAAUUGCUAUGGCGACCUCCAGUAAUGUACAGGUUCCUCGAGUUCUUCAUUUUCAGCUUAUUGAUGGGAUGCAACUUCAGAUUAAUGUCUCUGGACGUUCGAGUAGGUGCAAUGCAAGAGUUGAACUUCAGCUCAAAAACUGCACAAGAACUUGGUUUCUUCACUGGGGUUUUGUUUACCAUGGGAAUUUGAACUGGUAUAUCCCUAGUGAACAUUCUUCAGGGGCAAAAUGUUAUAAGCAAGGUGCAAUGCAGACACCAUUUGUGAAGAAUGGAGAGACAUAUGUUGUCAAUAUUGAGUUGCGAGACCCUAAGAUACAUGCUAUUGAAUUUGUGUUGAAGGAUGGCAGCCAUGACAGAUGGUUGAAACUAAAUCAUGGGAAUUUCCGUGUAGAGAUUCCUGAACAUGAUGCAAGUGCUUCUUUUCCAUCUAUACCAAAAGAUCUAAUAGAUCGAAAGGCAUAUCUAAUUUGGGAAAGCCGAGGCAGACCCCAAAGCUCUACAGAACAGCAAAAGCAAGAUUAUGCAGAUGCUAUAACAGAGCUCCAACAUCAGCUGUCCAAGGGAAUAUCCUUGAAUGAGUUACAGUAUGGCUAUAUGAAUGCAAGUACAAAAACAAAAGCCCAGGGUGGUGUAGAGCCAUCAAGGUGUGAAACACCAUCAUCUUAUCAUAGAAGACAUGAUGUUGAGAAGUGGUUGCAAAAGUGCUCUAAGGGGAAAAAGAACAGGACUGGUCAGCCUUCAUCAUCUUUGACAAAUCUUGUGGAGAAAUCAAUUGGAGGAAAUAAUGUGGUCUCACAGCAGAAUUUUUGUGUUGGCAACAAUGAAAUAGUGGUUCUUUCUAAAGUUGUAACUGGUGAUUAUCACAUAUUGGUUGCUUCGAAUGUGAAAGGCACUGCAGUUCUUCACUGGGGAGUGUCAAAAUCAUCAGCUGGUGAAUGGUUGGCUCCUCCAUCAGAUAUGUUGCCUGAAAAGUCAAAAAUGGUUGUUGGAGCAUGUCAAACUUAUUUUAUAGAUAUAUCAACUAAAGAAGGAUCCUUUCAGUUAGUAGAUAUUAAUUUGCAGCAAAGGAAGGUUGUUGGUAUUCAAUUUGUGAUCUGGUCUGGCGGGUCUUGGAUUAAAAAUAAUGGGGCUAACUUCUUUGUAGCUUUACAACCUAUGCAGCUGCCAAAUGGGAAGGCUGAUGGGUACAGGAAAGGAAUUGUCAAAUGGUUGCUUGAUGAAAUAUCUGCAAGAGAAAAGGAGGCUGAGAGGUCCUUGAUGCACAGGUUCAAUAUUGCAACAGAGUUGACAGAACGCUGCAAAGUUGAAGGAGAAUUAGCACUUAUUGGUAUAUUAGUCUGGAUGAGGUUCAUGAUGUGCAGGCGUCUUACAUGGAACAAGAACUAUAACGUGAAACCUCGUGAAAUUAGUGAAGCUCAAGACAGGUUUACCAAUUUACUGCAAAGAACAUUUUUGGACCAGCCAAAUGACCAAGAGAUUGUGAGGCUAGUAAUGGCAUUUGUUGGUCGUGGAGGUCAGGGUGAUGUUGGGCAGAGAAUUCGUGAUGAAAUACUAAUGAUUCAGAGAAAUAAUGAUUGCAAAAGUGGCAUGAUGGAAGAAUGGCACCAAAAGUUGCACAAUAACAGUAGCCUGGAUGAUGUGUUUAUUUGUGAGGCACUAUUAAAUUAUUUGAGAUGUGGUUUGAAGCUUGAUGUUUAUUGGAAAACAUUAAAUGCCCAUGGUCUCACAAAGGAAAAACUUGCAAGUUAUGACCGUCCAAUUGUGUCAGAGCCUCAUUUCAGGAUGGAAGCUAAAGAAGGUCUCAUCCACGACCUUACAAUGUACUUGAAGACAUUGAAGGCUGUGCAUUCUGGUGCAGAACUUGAAUCUGCUAUUGAAAGUUGUUUGGCUUCCCCCUUCAAGAAUCAGGAUUUUACAAGAGCAGAUAGAGUUAAUGCCUUUGGUGGUUUAUCACCAAAGUUGCAGGACUGCCUGAACUUUGUCAAAACUCAUAUAGGUGAUGAAAACAUUGGCCCUUUGAUGGAGAAGUUGCUGGAAUCCCGCAUUGAGAUUCGCCCUCUUCUGCUGACACCUCAUAGAUUAGCAAAAGAGCUGUUAUUCCUUGAUCUUGCUUUGGCUUCAUCUGUUAGAACAACCAUGGAAAGGGGACUUAAAAAUUUUAACUUUAAAUACCCACCAGAAAUCAUAUUCUUCAUUUCCUUGGUGCUUGAAAAUUUGUGCCUGUCCACGGUCAACAAUGAAGAUCUCAUUUACUGUACAAAGGAUUGGUAUCGUGUCUCUGAAUCAUACAAAACCAGUGAUGUUCAGUGGGCAUUACAGACAAAGGCUAUUCUUGAUCGACUGCAAUUAGUACUUGCUGACAGGGCCCUCGAUUUCCAGAAUAAGAUCCAGCCUAGUGCUGAAUAUCUUGGUAAACUGCUUGGCAUUGGGAAAACAGUGAUAAAUACUUUUGCGGAAGAAUUAGUAAGAGCAGGAUCAGCAGCUGUUCUUUCUAUGAUCAUUAAUCGUUUUGACCCCAUUCUUAGAAAAGUUGCAAAUUUAGGAAGUUGGCAGGUUAUCAGCCCCGUUGAAGUGUGUGGUUUUGUAACUUCAGUGAAUGAGCUGAUUACUGUUCAGAGAAAAGUUUACCGAAAGCCAACUGUUAUUAUUGCUACUAGAGUAACUGGAGAGGAGGAGAUUCCAGAUGGGGUUGUUGCAGUGUUGACAUCUGAUAUGCCAGAUGUCCUGUCUCAUGUGUCAAUCAGAGCAAGAAAUAGUAAGAUAUGCUUUGCCACAUGCUUCGAUCAAAACAAUUUCAGGAAUCUCAAGUUGAAGGAGGGACGAGCUGUAUCUAUACAACUGAAGUCCUCAAAUUUGAUAAUCAGUGACAUCAGUGGUUCUAACUUGUCUCUAAGUUCCCUUGUUUCUUCCUCCAUUCCUCGACGAGUCACCCUUCAAAGAAAGACCUUCUGUGGUAGAUAUGCUCUUUCACUUGAGGAAUUCACCACUGAAAUGGUUGGAGCCAAAUCUUGUAAUAUAAAAUUUUUAAGAGGAAGGGUGCCAUCAUGGAUCAGGAUUCCAAUGUCAGUUGCAAUGCCAUUUGGAGCUUUUGAAACUGUUUUAUCCAAAGACAUUAAUAAGGAUAUAGCAAACAAGAUUACAUUUUUUCGCAAAUUAGUGCAUGGUGGUGAUGUUUCCAAACUUCAAGAAAUAAAAGGAGCUAUUCUACAAAUGAGUGCUCCUUUGUCUUUGACCACUGAACUUAGGAGCAAAAUGAGAAGUGCUAGAAUGCCCUGGCCUGGUGAUGAAGGUGAGGGCAGGUGGAACUGUGCUUGGGAAGCAAUAAGGAAGGUUUGGGCUUCAAAGUGGAAUGAAAGAGCAUAUUUUAGUUGUAAGAAAGCUAAGCUUAAUCACGAAGACCUCCGCAUGGCUGUAUUGGUUCAAGAAGUCAUUUGUGGUGAUUAUGCUUUUGUCAUUCACACAAAAAACCCAUUAUCAGGCGACACCUCAGAAAUAUAUGCAGAGAUUGUGAAAGGUUUGGGAGAGACAUUGGUGGGUGCAUAUCCAGGACGCGCUAUGAGCUUCAUUGCAAAAAAGAACAACCUAAAAUGUCCUAUCGUUACUGGUUAUCCAAGCAAGCAAAUAGGACUAUACUCUAAGCCGUCUAUCAUUUUUCGCUCUGACUCAAAUGGUGAAGAUCUUGAGGGAUAUGCAGGUGCCGGGCUUUAUGACAGUGUACUUAUGGACAAAGAGGAAAGCAUGGUUUUGGAUUACUCCAUCGAUCCAAUGAUUGUUGACAAAUCUUUCCAGAUCUCACUCUUCUCAAAAGUUGCAGAGGCAGGGAAAAUUAUAGAAACCCUUUAUGGUCGUCCCCAGGACAUUGAAGGAGUAAUAAAAGAUGGAAUUGUUUAUGUUGUUCAGACAAGACCACAGGUCUAAUAUUCUUGACCUCCUGUAAUCUUUCAGCUUUGUUACAGCAUCAUCUAUUGCAGUUGAACUCUACAAGCUGAUGUAAAGUCAUGAAAUUUCUAAUCAAACCAGGAUCAUGACCUACUCCUUGAUUUGUUCA